CCCCCAUUUUCUCUCUCCCAUACAUGCACACUCGCAAGAAUUUCAACAUCCCCAUUUUGCCCCCAGACUCUCAUCCAAUUUUCAAAUGUCCCUAACCCUAACCCCACCACCUCCGUCUCUCGCCUCUCCCUCCCGCUAUACCGUCGCCGGAGCAUCUUCGUCCGCCGCCAGGCCUCCGACCUCGAGGCCACGCGUCUCCUGCCUCGCCACCUGCCACGCCCCCCCGCCUUCUUCGUCCGCGUCGAUCGCCGAGCUCGAGCCGCCGCGGCGUGGGGAGAGGCUGAGCCUGUACGAGAUCCUGCGGGUGCGGGAGAACGCGUCGGCCAGGGAGAUCAAGGCGGCGUACCGGGCCCUGGCGAAGGCGUACCACCCGGACGCCGCGGCGGGGCCCGACGGCGGGGGCCAGGACUUCAUCGAGAUCCACAAGGCGUACGAGACGCUCUCCGACCCGGCGGCCAGGGCCGUAUACGAUCUGUCCCUGGGGAGCCGGAGCUGGAGGCGGGGCGCGGCCGUGUUUUGCCCGAGCCGGCGGUGGGAGACGGAUCAGUGCUGGUAAUGUAACAUUGCGCAGAACAAGAUUUUUGUCUUCUCCUCUGUCAUCUUCUUCUUUGCAAUUUGUGUGAACCCUCUUGUGUGCAGAAUCAGAAUGUGAAGGGAACGGCUGUAAAUUCAAUUCCUCAGUCAUGAAUUUUUCUUUUUUCCUGACAGAAGAGAG